GCCGCCCCCGCUGUCAGCUCUGCACCCGUCGCCGGCCUGGGGCAGGCUUGGCGCUCCGGCGCCCGGCCUCGGCGGCGGCGAGCGACGCUACCUGCCCGCGGAGACAUGAGGCGCGGCCCGCGGGCCGUCCUGGCCCUGGGGCUGCUGUUCUUCCGCUUGGCCCAGGCCAAUUUCGCCCCCCACUUCUUUGACAACGGGGUGGGCAGCACCAACGGAAACAUGGCCCUGUUCAGCCUCCCAGAAGACACCCCUGUAGGCUCUCAUGUGUACACCCUGAAUGGGACGGACCCUGAGGGAGACCCUGUCUCCUACCACAUCAGCUUUGACCCCAGCACUAGAAAUGUCUUUUCCGUUGACCCCAAUUUUGGAAGCAUCACCCUGGUUGAAGAGCUGGACAGAGAGAGGGAAGAUGAGAUUGAAGUCAUUAUCAGCAUUUCCGACGGCCUGAAUCUGGUGGCAGAAAAAGUCACAAUCCUGGUGACUGAUGCCAAUGAUGAGGCUCCCAGAUUCAUCCAGGAGCCCUACGUUGUCCAAGUUCCCGAGGACACACCUGCCGGGAGCAGUAUCACCAAGGUCCGUGCAGUGGACAGGGACACGGGUUCUGGAGGGAGUGUCACCUACUUUCUGAAGAAUCCACAUGCCUCCAAAUUUGCCGUGGACCGCCACAGCGGUGUGCUGCGCCUCCAGGCUGGGGCUACCCUGGACUACGAGAAGGCCCGGGCCCAUUUCAUCACCGUGGUCGCCAAGGAUGGCGGAGGGAGGCUGCGAGGGGCAGACGUGGUGUUCUCGGCCACCACCACGGUCACGGUCAAUGUGGAGGACGUGCAGGACAUGGCCCCUGUCUUCGUGGGCACGCCCUACUACGGCUACGUGUACGAGGACACCCUUCCGGGCUCAGAGGUUCUGACGGUGGUCGCCAUGGAUGGAGAUCGGGGCAAACCCAACCGCAUUCUCUACAGCCUUGUGAAUGGGAGUGAUGAGGCCUUUGAAAUUAAUGAGACGUCUGGAGCCAUCUCCGUCAUGCAGAGCCCUGCCCAGCUCCGGAGAGAAGUGUAUGAGCUGCACGUACAGGUGACUGAGGUCAGCUCUGCGGGGACCCCAGCUGCCCAGGCCAUGGUCCCAGUCACCAUCAGGAUCGUGGACCUGAACAACCACCCACCGACGUUCUAUGGGGAAAGCGGACCCCAGAACAGAUUUGAGCUGUCCAUGUACGAGCACCCGCCCCAGGGGGAGAUCCUGCGUGGCCUCAAGAUCACCGUCAAUGACUCAGACCAGGGAGCCAACGCCAAAUUCAACCUGCGGCUGGUGGGACCUGGGGGCAUCUUCCGAGUGGUCCCGCAGACCGUCCUGAAUGAAGCCCAAGUCACGAUCAUUGUAGAGAACUCAGCUGCCAUUGACUUUGAAAAGUUCAAAGUGUUAACCUUCAAGCUCCUGGCCAUCGAAGUGAACACCCCAGAGAAGUUCAGCUCCACAGCGGAUGUCGUGAUCCAGCUCCUGGACACCAACGACAAUGUCCCCAAGUUCACCUCCCACUACUACAUUGCCAGGAUCCCCGAGAAUGCCCCAGGGGGCUCCAACGUGGUGGCUGUCACAGCUGUGGAUCCAGACACAGGUCCUUGGGGUGAAGUCAAAUACUCCAUCUAUGGGUCCGGGGCAGAUCUCUUCCAGAUCCACCCAUCCUCUGGGAUCAUCUGCACCCAGCCCUGGGCCAGCCUGGAUGCCGAGGCCACUGCCAGGUACCACUUCUAUGUGAAGGCAGAAGACAUGGAGGGCAGGUACAGCCUGGCCGAGGUGUUCGUCACGCUGCUGGAUGUCAACGACCACUACCCCCAGUUUGGAAAGAGCGUCCAGGAGACGACAAUGGUGCUGGGGACCCCGGUGAAAAUUGAGGCCACAGACCAGGAUGCAGAGGAGCCCAACAACCUGGUGGACUAUUCCAUCACCCACGCAGAGCCGGCCAACGUGUUCGACAUCGAUGUGCACACGGGGGAGAUCCGGCUCAAGAACUCCAUCCGCUCCCUGGAUGCCCUGCACAACAUCACACCUAGCGGGGACCACAUGUGGUCCCUAGAGGUGCAGGCCAAGGACCGCGGCUCCCCAUCCUUCAGCACCACGGCCUUACUCAAGAUUGACAUCGUAGACACUGAGAUGCUGUCCCGAAGCCCCAUGGCCGCCUUCCUGAUGCAGACCAAAGACAACCCCAUGAAGGCCGUGGGUGUGCUGGCCGGCAUCAUGGCCAUCAUUGUGGCCAUAACCGUCCUCAUCUCCACCGCCACCUUCUGGCGCAACAAGAAGUCCAACAAGGUCCUGCCGGUGCGGCGCGUGCUCCGUAAGCGGCCCAGCCCGGCACCCCGCGCCAUCCGCAUCGAGUGGCUCAAGUUCCGGAGGACCAAGGCCGCUGACAAGUUUGUGCUCAGAGAGGACCCUCCCAAUGAGAACUGCAACAACAACAGCCUGGGGAGCGCGCUGCCCCCCAAAGCCCCCGCUCCCCCUCCGCCGCCCAGCGUGGCGCCCAGCGUGGGCGCGGCCCCCUGGACGGUGCCCACGGUCUCCGGCUCCCUCGCCCGCCGGCACCCUGAACGGUCACCGAAACCCAAGGCCGUUGGAAGCCCCGCCCAGUCAGCUCUGGUCUCCGAGCUCAGGCAAAAGUUUGAGAAGAAUGUGCAUAACAAGGCUUACUUCUAGAGUGUGUCCUGUGACCCAUCUUCCCCACCUCAGUUGCCCUGCUGCUUGGACCAUGUUUCCCAGUUCUGCCCCUUAGGGUCACCCCUGUUUUGUACAACGGUGGAACCCCCAUAUCCAGGGCUCUGGACAGUGCCUCAGGCAAGAGGUUUCUCUGGUUAUAUGGAUGCAAUUGUCGAAGACUUCCUCGUCACCCAGCUCCUUGGCACUUCUGCAGAGGCUGGGAGUCGACAAGGAGCCAGCUCUACAUGUCUCCUACUCCCCAGCCCCAGACCUCACAGUGUCCCUUGGGUCCUGCUGGGACUUCCGCUUCCUUAAUAAGGAGCAGAGUCCUGGUCCCAUGUGACAAGGCCGCCUGGAACCUGGAUCCCGAGGCUCCCAGCUAAGAGUAAGAGCAGAAGGACACUCAGUGUUGACUAAGGUGGAGGGUCAGCCAACCCUCUAAGGCAAGAGAGCAAAUGCAGCCGGGGAGGGCAAAGAUGCACCGGAAACUCACUAUCACUGUGGGACUGUGUCUAAAAACCGAUGGGAAGGUGGAGGAUGGUGUCCGGGCAGAGAUUGUGGGGCCAAGCUAUGCCCACACGGGACCAGGGACACAGAGAUGUAAGAUGCGUCUUGCUGGAGUGAGGGCAGGCGCCCCAGCCAGGGCUGCCCUGGGCCCAGUAAUGUCCAUGCUAGAGCCACGCUGUAACCCUAGACGCAUCCGAAAGAGCCUCCCGGCCCCUUAGGAGCUGCCCUACCAGAAGUCCUUCAAGAAACAUUGCAAGGCUGCGAUCUGGAGAGACUUCUGUUUUUAACUAGCUCUGUUGCUCACGUCGUAUAAUCUUGGGGGAAGCUGUUUAAACUCCCUGCUCAUCCUCUUCCUCAUCUGGAAAAUGAAGAAAGUGAGUCUGCCUCAUUCACAGGUCCAGGGUGAGGAUGGAAAUAAAUCAUAGCAACAAGGAGUGCAAAGCCGCACAAAUGUGAGGUGCUCCCCAGGCCAGCUCUCUGGGGCGCAGCUCUUCCACAAAGUAUUAGAAGCCUCUCCACUGUUCUGCCAGGCACCCCCAGGAGGCGCUGUGCUGGGCUAGGGUGCUGCUGCCACUGGUUCAAGGCAGCCCGAGCUGGGUGAUGACGCUGCUCCCCUUGCAUGUCUCCCCUCCGACCCCCAUCCCCUCUGUACAAUCCCCCAUGCAGCCCUGGCCAGCCAUCGUCAGAGGACCAGAGCCGGCAGUACAUCCAGCCAAGCCUCCAUUCUGCCAGGAUGACCAAGAUGAGCUCCUAAGAGAGGCGUGAUUGCCAAAGCCACACAGCAGUUCGGUGGCAGGGACCUGGUCUGAGGGCUUCUCCUGCCUCAGUGUUUUCCUCUAGCUGGGGCACACCUCGUCAGCUCAUGACCACCUCCCCCAGCAGAGACGACCUGCAAGCCCCUAUGGUUAAAGCAAAGAAGUUCCGCCUGACUUCAAGAACAGAAAUGGAACAGUUCUUUGCAUUUCACCCCACUCACUAAUAAGCCCUCUAGAAUACAUCCAUGAUUUUAUUUAAACAGAUUGUAGGCACAUGUGGAUUUCUUGACUUCUAAGUCUGUGUUUGGAGGUGUUACUCAGAUGUGCCGGGGUGCAGGCUCCUUGCCGGGGUUUCUGCAGUCCACAUCCCAGGGUAUUAAGAGCUGGGCUUUAACAAGCCAGGAGCCCAGACUGAACCAAAAGGUACUUUGCAGCCCGUGUUUCAGGACGGGGCUGUGCUGGAUCACGUUUGCCCUCCACAGGGAGUACAGCAUCUGUACAUUUUGCAUGCAAUCAACCUCUUUUGUAAAUGGUAA